AUGAUCGCUGCCUGCCAAGGCGAGAGAGUCCUCGAGCUCCCGGAGAAAGGGCACGCGAUCUGGCAUUUCCUCUUUUUCAUACAGCGCGCCAACUUCUGCCUCAAGGGCGACAGGUGGGACAUCGACUUUUGCGACUUUGUCGUGUUUCUACACAAGUACGACUGCGAGCUGGCGCUCCAGCUGCUCAUCGAGGGGGUUGCGGCCAUGCCCGUGGAAUAUGCGGCGCGGCCUCUUUUGCUGUUCCUCAUCGGCAUACAUGCGGAGCGCUACCCCCUCUGCGCGCGCGCCCUCGACAUGCCCCCUCAGUGCUGGGGCGACACGCCCGCCGACAGCAGGCCACCCAACGUCGGUGACCUCACUGUCAGCGUGCUGCACCCAUUGGCUUUCUCCUGCAACCUCUUCUGCAGGUUGCCGCAGGACUUCCUCUGGGCACUCUUGCACCUGCCGUACCAGGCUGCGGACUCUGCAGAUCAGGGUGGGCUGGGCGACCGCUUCCUCAGUCUAAUCAACUACGUCGUGUAG